UUAUAGCCCCUAUUUUCAUAGAAAUUAGAAUUCACAUAAAAAUUUUCUCGAUGGACGAGUCCAACAUGAGAUCGGAAUGGACAUUGUUCUUUCGGAAUCCGAAGAACAAUGUUCUUCGGAUUGACGUAUGAUAGUGAAACAGCUGCCAAUUGGUAUCCCUGAGAAUCCAUAUUUAUCCAUCAACCACGUCUCAGAUUCAAUAUGGCAAACAUAACACAUUGUAUUUUUGAAAUGAGGAACUUCAACAAUUUCAUGGAUUUUUCUUGGCGCAGUGUAUUACUUCUACAUUUAGUUUAAGAGGAGCCAAUGUAGUUUUGCCAACUCCAUGAAUCAUGAAUGCUGCUAAAGGAAAUGGAACGAAACCGAGGAUCACACCUUUUCAAAUUACCACUUCAAAUGCAGUUCUGAAAGAUGCCCCCAUUUUUGAUGACAUUGUCGUCACGAAGAAAAAGCGACCGGUAAGAAAAUUUAGCUCAUCAAAAUCAACUUCAGCCGUCGUUAGUAAGGAUGUUGGAGGUAGCAAAGUCAAAAGUAGCCAAGAAAAAACCAUUGGGGAUCCUUUAAAAUAUAAUGUUAGUGAUCCAUUUGCAAUAAUGACGGCCGAACCAGAUGAAUAUGGUCCUACUUCAGAGCAAAAUGCAGGUGAAGAUUUGAAAAAUGGUUUUAAAGCUGGAGCUGCUGUAAUCAAGAAAGAAACUGUUGUUGAUUCCAAAUUCAAAGCAAUUGGUACGUCAGUGUGUUCUUCUGCUGAAAACGGAGCAAAAGAAGGAGAAAGUGUGUAUGAACCGGUUAACGCUGUAACUUCUAACCAAGGGAAAGCUGCUUUUAAUGCUCAAAGUGAAACUUCUCAAGCUUUAAACGCUUGUGAAAAGGAUAAAGAUAGAACUGAUGACCACCAAAAGGAUUUGGCGAAUUGUGCUACUGUAAAUAAUGAAGAUAAUGUAAAUAAUGAGAUGCGUGAGGAGGACAUCUUGGAGAUUAAUGCAGACAUUGAUAUUGGUACAUUAGAUGUGGAUGAUAAUGUCCUUACUCCAUCUCAUGACAAGGAUACGGGUGCAAAAGUUAAAAAACAUAAAGAAAAAAAGAAACGGCGCAAGAAACACAAGAAAUCUGAUAAAAACGGCAAAAGCGAGAAAAAGAAAAAACGUCGAAAAAAGGACACAACUGAAGACAAAACUAACGUUAUUAAAGGUCAGAGGAAACGUAAACGAGAGAGUCGUAGUCGUAGUCGAAAGAGAUCAGGAAGCCAUCACUCAUCUAAAUCCUUCAAUCAAAAUACGUCACCGGAAAAUUCCCACAAUGCAUCACGUGUAUUUUCAAACAGGUCUGAAUCACCUGAGAACCGUCGAUCUCGUAGUAGAUCACCAUUACGUAGGCCAUGGCUUGCUAUGUCACCCAAUCGUAGGCUUGAAUCACGAUCUCCUUCUCGCCGAAGGUCACGUGGGAAAUCCUCGAAUGAAAGGAUACCGCGUAGGAGAUCUAAUUCUCCUCCAAGGAGGCCUUACAUACACAGCACUCCAGCUCGCUUGAGUAAAGGAGAUAAAACCUUAGGCACUAACUUGCGCAUUGCCAGUGAAGUAAGAAAUGAAUCCUCCUAUGUUAGAGGAGAUAUGCGCAGGGAAAUGUCUCGUGAAAGAAGUAAAUCCCACAGCGCUUCACCGAUUAAGAAAUCUGAUGCUUUUGUUAUGAAUGAAACAGAAAGCGCUAUUUUAAGAAACGAAAAAAACGGAACUGCAAUGCCAGGCCCAAAAACUUUUAGUGGCAGCAAACCACGAAGAGAGAAAAUUGUAAGAACAGUUUGUCUUGUCUCAAAGCAGGAAGAUGUUGAAGUGGAGUUAUCCAAUUUAUCUGCGUCAAAUAACCGGGCAUCAUUAAGUCCUAACCAAGAAAAAAAGCUAAAAGUUAAUAAUAAUUUUCAUAAUAAUACUAAAAAAGAAAUGAAAUCUGCCGAAGAAUCUCAGAAGUCAAGCAAUUUUAUAGACCUAACCUGCGAUGAUGAAAAAGUAAGCAAAACUUGCGGCGACGGAGAUCUAGUUAAAAAGGUUAAAGGCAAAAAAAAAUCAAAGAAAAAUUCACAAAAGAAGAGCAAGAAGAAAGAACCUGCUAAAGAAAAGUCUGUUGUUAACUCAAUUGAAAAUUUGGACGAUGAACUUGAAGAUUUGCUAUUUACGACUACUAACAAAGACGUGAAUGAUGAAGAAGUGUUUAAUGAUACUGAUGUCUUUGCCUCGAAGCCUGAUUUCCAGGCAAAUGUCACUAAAACGGAAAGUAAGAGUUAUCGUAGUAUGGCGAGCCCUAAUAGUGCAGGGGGUAAAUUAAGUCCUAUCCCAAAAGAUGAAAAAAAUGGCCGAAAGUUGAGUCCUUUAAGGAGAGAACCUUUAGUUAGUAAAAAACAGAAACUUUCUUCAGUGGUGGUUGUUCCUACGCCACAUUUAAAUAUACCCAACAGACCAUACGAGACUGAUCAAUUUUCUGAAAUCAGUGACAAUGAACUAUCCAAUCAAAGUGUCGAGCCUGUGAUGAACGACAAUGUAGUUAGUGAAAACUCUGCUAUUCCAUUCUUAUCAAACAACCGUGAUGGAAUAGGCGAUAAUGUUGAUGAAAAUACCUCUACUCGCGUUCUUGGUUCGAAUACUCCACCUAUUCAGCGAAGUACUACUGAUGGAAGUAAGAACAAGAAAAUUCAGUUCUCACCAUUGGGUGAAGAUUCUCUCUAUUCGCCCGAAGAGCCAACGACAACGAAAGAACAAGUAUGUACUGAGGGCUCGCCUAAAUCUUCGACGUUAAGUCUUUCUGAUAUAUCAACCCGUAACACUAUCGUUCGAGACGCAAUGGGCGUUGUCACAGCCGCAGAGAAAAUUGAAGGGUUUUUAGAAAAGAUAGAGCCUCCUAUUGGAGACCUGGAAAUCGUUGAUAUGGAUGUAUCGUCACCUGGUAACGAUAACACAGGAUUUAACUCGGGUGACGACAUCAUUGAGCAACUUCACCAGGAGUUCGUUAGAUCUCAACAAACUACUAAUAUUGAACAACCAUCAAAAAAUAUAUUGGGUAAUCACGCAUUGUGGACUUCAAAUAAACAGGAAAUUCCAGAUUAUUGUGCUACCAUUCCAAGUCUAUUAAACAGGGUUGUCAAUGAUCCUAUUGUGCAAGCUUAUGGCGUCAAUACAAAUAGUAAAAAUAUCCUUAAAGACGCAAAACGACAAAGACGGUAUAAGGAAAAGAGGGAAAAGGCCCUUGCUAAGUUGAAAUCUAAACCUUUAGCUAAAGACAAAAAGGCUAUCGAGGAUGCUCUUGAUCGUGUUCAUCGUCAAGCUCGUGUGGAGAACGAAAUGAAACAAGCGCUUAAAGUGUAUUUUAAGAAAAAAGAUAUCACAAAAGACGAAUACAAGAAGAUUUUAAAGAGAGCUGUACCACAGGUUGCCAACUCCAGUCAUUCGAUAGAUCCUGAGCGAAUUCAGUCUUUGGUGAACAAAUACGUAGCGAAAUAUAAAAGCAUUCGUAAAAAGUCUCAGACCAACCAGCACGAAAACUUUACAAUCACAUUCAGUCCUUGAAUAUUCUACACAUCUGGUCAAGAGUCGUCGAGUGCAGCUGGACAAGAAAUGGAAUCAAGGCUGAAGACCGUAGUGAAAAAUAUGACAGUUUCUCAAACUUGAAGGUAAAGGCUACAGAAAAUACAAAGGCACGAGUUUCUUUAUUUGUAUAUAGACGUUAUGCAACUGUAUAGACUGCCAAGGAACAUUUGAUAAUUUAUCCGACUUUGAGUUUAAAACUAUACAGUACCAAUGUACACGAUGAAGAAAGUUCAGUGUUUGUGUAUAUGCACUUAACACGUCUGUUUUGAUGAGAAAUGCAUUCAUUUCUUUUUUUGAAA